AUGACGACGGGUCACAUUUACGGAUGGGUUAGGGAUCACAGAGUACACCAUAAAUUUACUGACACUGAUGCAGAUCCAUAUAAUGCACGUAAAGGAUUCUUUUUUUCGCAUAUUGGUUGGAUUUUGGUUCAUAAACAUCCAGACGUCAUCAGCAAGGGUGCUAUGAUCGACUUGAGUGAUCUUAAACAAGAUUGCCUUGUGGUCUUUCAGAGAAAGUACGAUGGACAUAGUUUAUUCUGCAGGAGCAAAUUUAAUUUAAAAAAUAUAUGUAUAUAUUGUUUAUUUAACUUUAAUGGUUUUGUUUCUUUUAUUUAUACUUUUUUUAGAUGGUACCGAUAUUUGAUGUUAUUUUGCUGCUUUAUCAUACCGACAUUAAUACCUUGGUGGGUAUGGAGUGAGAAUCUGUGGUGUGCGUGGCAUCUUAACAUGACUAGAUGUGUCAUAAAUUUACACACAAUAUUAUCAAUAAAUUCCGCAGCUCACAUGUGGGGUGUGAAACCAUAUGAUAAAUCAAUUAGCCCCACCGAAAAUGCAGUUGUCUCUUUUAUAUCGUGUGGCGAAGGCUGGCACAAUUAUCAUCACGUUUUCCCUUGGGAUUACAAAGCGGCGGAACUUGGAAAUUAUAAGCUCAAUAUUGCUACAGCUUUUAUUGAUUUUUUUGCUUAUCUAGGUUUAGCUUAUGAUUUAAAAACUGCAUCUGCCAAAAUUGUGAAAAAACGUGCUCUUCGAAACAGCGAAAUAAAUUAAAAUAAAUAAAAAAUGUAUGUGUUACAUGUAAUU